CAUUUAAAGAGGCGACAAGUACAUGACCGUAUUCUCUAACUCCAUUCAUCCUGUUCGUUCUUUUUCUCAUUUUCUUUUUACUCCCUCCAACUUACCACAACACUAAAAGCCAAGAAUACCCACAACCCAGAUUCAUUAUAUAAUGAUAUAUCAGUUCUAGUUGUAGAACAAACAAGGGUGUCAUUUCUUUUUUUUUUUUUUUUUUUUGUUUUUUUGUUUUUACUGUAUUCGUGUGUGUGGUUGGAGUAACUAAAGAUGAAUCAGGAAAUGAAUGGAUUAGUGGAGAAUCAAGCAGGGAUUAAUGGAAGAAGGGAAAGUUUUCCUGAGAAAAUAGAUUAUGUGUUCAAGAUUGUGGUGAUUGGUGACUCAGCUGUGGGGAAGACUCAGAUACUGUCUAGAUUCACCAGGAAUAACUUCUGCUUUGACUCAAAGUCCACCAUUGGCGUUGAGUUCCAAACCAGGACGGUCACCAUUAAGGGAAAAGUCGUCAAGGCCCAGAUCUGGGAUACUGCAGGCCAAGAAAGGUACCGAGCAGUUACAAGUGCGUAUUACAGAGGAUCAGUGGGGGCAAUGCUGGUGUACGAUAUCACGAGACGGCAGUCGUUCGAUCAUGUGGCGAGGUGGGUUGAUGAACUGAGGGCCCACGCUGAUAACUCCAUCGUGAUUAUGCUGAUCGGGAACAAGGCGGAUCUGGUGGAGUCGAGGGUAGUUCCGACGGAAGACGCGGUUGAAUUUGCAGAGGAUCAAGGGCUCUUCUAUUCUGAAACAUCUGCUUUGAGCGGUGACAAUGUGGAGACUGCGUUUUUCAGGUUGCUGGAGGAGAUAUACGGCGUCGUAGUAUCCAAAAAAGCUUUGGCAUGUGGAGAUGGGAAAGUUAAUGGUGGUGACGGUUCGGUGCUUAAAGGCUCCAAAAUUGAUAUUAUUUCUGGGUAUGAUGUGGAGAUUAGUGAGCUGAAGAAGCUAUCUCCCUGCUCGUGCUGAUACAUUUAUAUAUACAUAUAUACAUAUAUAUAUAUAUAUAUAUUUCAGGCUUUAUCAUAUUUGGGUUUUGUAUCUGUGUCUUGUCUGUAUCUAAUUCAGACACAAAUACA